AUGGGAAGAAGGAGAGAGAGGGGUUUCAAUCAUAGAUCUUUGUGGUGGAGGGAUAUUUUGGUAAUUCUUGAAGGAGGUUUGGGAGAGGAGGAUGGGUGUUUUGGUAUUGACUUAUCUAGGGAGGUGGGUAUGGUGAGGAAUGGGGUUAGGGUUGGCAGAGAUGGGUGGACGUGGAGAGAAUUGUUUCAAUUGCUAGGUCAGUGUAUUGCUCUGUUGGAUAAUUUUUCUUUGCAAGAAAACAUACUUGAUCAAUGGAGUUGGCAUAGUGUUCAUAAUAUCGAGUAUACAGUCAAAGGUGCAUAUAGGGUGUUUUCUUUGAGGUUCAACAUUAAUCGGUACUCAUAUGUUCACAUAUGUUGGAAUAAGAUGGUUAUGUUGAAGGUUUUGUUGUUUGUAAGGAGAUUGUUAGAAGAUCGUUUGCCAUCAAAGUCGAAUUUGGGGUGCAAGAGUGAAGAGUCUUCUUAUCAUCUGUUUUUGGAGUGUCUAUUAUUUGGGAAGGUAUGGCAGCAUAUUUUUCAAUGGCUUGAAAUUCCUAUGGCUUGUCCUAUGCAAGAUACAACAACACGUUUCGAUGUUUUCUAA